GCUAUGAGAUGGUCUCAUCAAUGUGCAACAAUUGAACUGGAUUUCCAACUUCCUGAGAGAUUCAACCUCACGCUAGCUAUUGUAGGUUCAGUUGAAAAAAUGAUUGCUAUUCUUGCUGAAAGCUUUGGUGGAAAAUGGAUUUUAUGGCUUUCUCCCCAUCAAGUUGUAGUAAUUCCUGUCAGUAGUAAAUAUGAUGAUUAUGCCGAACCGGUAAAUUUAAUUUGGUAAGCCUUAGAUCGAACUUGCACAGGCUAAUGCAAA